AUGUUCUUGCUCACUGUGGUUUAUGCUAAAUGUACCAUUGCGGAGAGAAGACUCCUUUGGGAUGAUCUUAGUUCUCAAAAUUUGGGAUCACAUCCUUGUGUGUUUGUGGGUGAUUUUAACAUUAUACGUAAUGAUUCAGAAAUGAGGAGAGGUAGGCCUCGGCCUAGCAUGGCUAUGGAGGAUUUUAAUAAUUGGAUUCACCAAAGGAGUUUGAUGGAAAUGGCUAUGACAGAAAGUAUAUUUACAUGGUGUAAUGGGCAAUUGGGGCAUGCCCGUUCAUGGGCACGUCUUGAUCAUGCUCUCAUGGAUAGUUCCUCCCUUGCAUUGUUUCCUAAUGCUUCUUGUUUAUAUUUGCCAUGUUCUACUUCAGAUCAUGCUCCUAUGUUUAUUGCUCCCAAGAAGGAUCCUUUUGUCUAUGGCCCGGCCCCUUUUCGUUUCCAACAAAUGUGGGUGGACCAUCAUAGUUUUUUGGACUAUGUUCACGUAGGUUGGGACUUGCGGGUGGACGGCUCGACUAUUCAGAUUUUGACAAGAAAAUUAAAGCAGACUAAGGUGGUGUUAAGAGAGUGGAAUAAAAGGGUCUUUAGGCAUACAUUGGGUCGUAUUGAUGCGCUGGAAAAACAGGUUGAGGAGAUUAAGCAACAUCUUCUAGUUAAUUGGGAGGGAAAUUUGGAGAGAGAAUCACAUAUGGUAGUCUCGAAUUUGGCAAGCUGGCAGAGACGGGAAAAGAUACAAUUGGCAUAA